UGGGAAGCAUGCGGAUGCUGACUUUCUGGAAAGUCACUUGACAUAAACUCUAGCCAAGUGAGCUCACUUCGCAAUUGUCUCCUCAGCACACACACACACCGCCACUCCAAUCACUAGUUUACAAAGCGUCAUACCAACUACCAACUACCAGCUUUGUAACUCAGCAAAUAGGCAACAUGAAACGCUUCUUCAUGUUCGUGGUACUUGUAGCUGCCAUUAUCGCAAAAACCGGAGUGGCAAUGGGGACGCAUGAAUACAAAGACAACAAGCUUGCCGACAAUUCACAGCAGAGGCUUUUGAGAACCACGGGGACGACAGGUGACGACACUUCCGCUGAAGAGAGAGGGGUCCAGACGAGUUUGUUCAACUUUCUGGGUAAGACGACAGGGAAUCUGCCCAUUCCCAAGAAAAUGAAGUUUUAUUUCUGGAAGAAGGGGAAAUGGGACUACAAACGUCUCCAAGAGUAUUUGUUCAAGGGAGUGCCGAAGGAAGUGUACGAGCAGGACCCCAAGUUCGCAAAAGUCUUGCUCGAGUACGGCAAGUACUGGCGUCGAAACGCGAUUAAUGGUAUCCAGAUUCGAAGAUAAUUGAAUUGCGCGUUCGCAUUUUGCGUAUCAGUGCAAUGUUUAGGGUUUUCACUUGAGUUCGGCUAAAAGCAAGUGCAUACCUUGCUUUCUGUUAUGCGUCGAUGUUCGUCAUGGGGACAAAAUACUUGCGGAAUAGUCCAGCCGCAGGCACAAACCACAGCUUAUUGCAUGAACACCGCCACUACGAAGCCAUCUUUUCAAGCUCACUAUGUCGGAGGUACUAUGUUGUGGCGAGGUCUCUCCUUUUUGGGUUGUGCUCUCCAUGUGCUCGCUGAAUGAAUGCACGAUCGUUGUGUAAACGGGUUGAGUCCGCAUGACAGUAGACAUGUUGUUGGCGGUGUUGCUAGCCUUAUUUGUGAUGGAGAUGCAGUAAAAGUUCGUUGUGGGAAGCGGACGAUACAUUAUUGCAAUAAGGGCGUGCAAUUACAGAACUUAGAUCGGCUCUGCAUUGGUUGUGUUGGCUAUGAGUUCCAAGGAGAAUUAACGAUCAGUGUUUUAAGUCCGGUGCGACAAAGACUCGUCAGUGGAUAUAGUAUAUCAUGGCUGUGGAGUCACAGACGUAUCUUUAAAUCGCAUAGACUUUUGACGAUCACCUACGUUUGUGCUCGGAAUACUGGCACCAUCUAAGUCAAUUAUCUGCAACAACAUUUGAUUCCUUAAGAAGCACCAUAUAGCACUAGAAUAUGGCAGCGAUGCGCGUUACCGAUGUAUGAAGGCUGAUGCCUACACCACUCGAUAGUGCAAUGGUGCCAUCAAUGUUUGCACUGUUCCAUACCGCGUUCGACGUACUGAACAACUCAGUUGUGUUUGAUUCUGGUGCUGACGCGUUCGCUGGUGCUGCUCGGUUAUGGAGAUUUGAUUCUGAGAACUACCUGCAUCAAACGCGCUCCUCGAAGGAGCCGUUCAGAUCCGUGACGUAUUAUAAAACACUUUACACAUCCAUGAAUAGCCAAC